UCGCCGAGUGUGGAAGCACUUUUCCUUCUUCUUCGAUCGGUGGUUGCAUUCUUGAGUGGGUGGUAGAUCCUCUCGAGAAAAAAAAACAGUUGACGGUCCGCGGUCAGUUUAUCGUCCGAAUUGGAAAAUCUCCGCUUGGCUGGCUAGAGGUCGUUGUGUAAUAACACACAAUAUACUAAAUACUUAGCCAUACGCGAUCUAGGGCCAAAGUGUGUUGUUGUGGGUGGCGACGACGGUUUUUUUUGAGUGUGUACCUUCUGUUGGUUAAAAAAAAGUAACACCGCACAUGGCAAGUGGUCGCAUAAAUUAAGGUCUCAGGCUAUUCUUUAUUUAUUUGCCAACCACCUCUGGGUCGGCGUUUUGGCACCUGCAGCAGUGAAACUUGUGGGCACACGCGAGAGGAAAACCGCGAAAAAAAGAAACUUCAAUGGCAGCAACAGCGACGAACGGCAUGGUACGAAAUUUGUUCUAGCUAGCCCAACCAAAGUGACAUCACACGCAAAGGUUGAACUUAAUUCAAAAGGGAAGUCAACAAGUUCGACUCACUUCCAGGCAACAAGAAAUGACAAACGGCUCCGUUCCAAGCAGAUUGAAACCUCAGUGAUAAUUGAAAUUACGUUACCCUUUGGGGAGAAAAUCUAGAGCUAGAACCUUCUUUCUUGAAAGACGAAGAAAGUUCCAUUCUACGUUUGAAGACAAGCCAAGUUGUAGAAAUGAUGACAAUAAGAGUUCUUCAUCUGGUGGUUUUUCGUUCAGAUGUGUAGAAUUUACAGAAUAGAGGGCUUGAACUGCGGAUUCUUUCUGCAUUUUGCUUGAUGUCGGUGUUGUCGGUGAUGAUAAAUUUGAUUUGAUGAAUGGCAAGCAUCAUCAUUGCGAGCGACAAGUGUGAUCUCGGUAUUUGAACAAAGUUUACGCGAACCUAGUACUUAGAAGACGAUUGUAUCGACGAAGAACCGUAAUCGAAAGGACGGAAGAACAGACUUAGUUUGUAAAAUCAUACACAUUAUCAGGGUCAGAAUGAAGGUGGAUAAUAGGUUACGUCACGUCGGGUGGUGUGCUUUCGUCAUAGCUCUGGCACAGACAAUUGUUUUCACACAUUCGGUAGACGUUGUUGGCAGCAGCAGCAGCAGUUCAAGUGCAACCACGGCAGUUCCUGUGAGUUUUCAGACCGCCGAAGAGGGCUUGGGCGAUCAGCAGGGGUCCUACAGCCACAGCACCCGGGGCCUCGCAUCGGUAGUGACGGCAUCUGCCCUGACCACGCCCAACCGGGGUGCGAUUUCGUCGACGGCUGCACCGAAAAUCCAGCGGAAGCGGGGUAGCUCCGGCAAGAAAAGUGUUAUUGUCAGCCAACCGCUUUCGGACAGCUCCAUCAGCAACAGUUCACGCGAGUCUCUUUCUCACGAAGGCAGCGAACCGGUUGUCUACGUAUCGGACUCUGCAGGAUACAUUCCGCUGACGUCGAUUCAAGCAUCCAGCCAUUCUAGAUUGCCUCAAGCGUAUGGAAGUGACAUCGAGCAGGGCUGGAGACCGGAAAUCUGGGAUCGUGACUACAACCGGCGCUAUCGACACAACAGCACCCGAGUGCAGCAUAUUGAAGCUGAAUGUCAAGAUGACUAUAUGAAGAUUCGGAUUGGAUUCAACGGAUCGUUUACAGGACUCCUCUAUUCUUCAGGUUACGCGUACGAUCCCGAUUGCAUGUACAUCAACGGAUCCGGCCGGGACUAUUACGAAUUCUUGAUUCAACUGAACCGGUGUGGAACUUUGGGAAAGAAUGCCAACGGCGAUGAUAGUCGCAAAAAUCCAACGAAAAACUUUAUGUGGAACACGGUGACUGUGCAGUACAAUCCGCUGAUCGAGGAAGAGUACGACGAACACUUCAAAGUGACUUGCGAGUAUGGGUAUGACUUUUGGAAAACCGUAACGUUUCCGUUUCUCGACGUUGAAGUCGCCACCGGAAAUCCGGUAGUGUUCACAUUGAGUCCGCCGGAGUGCUACAUGGAAAUACGCAACGGCUACGGAACCGGAGGAACCCGAGUGACGGGACCAGUGAGAGUUGGAGACCCUCUAACACUGAUUAUUUACAUGCGCAGCAAAUACGACGGAUUCGAUAUCGUGGUGAACGAUUGUUUCGCCCAUAAUGGAGCCAACAAGAAGAUUCAGCUGAUCGAUGAAUACGGUUGUCCCGUUGAUGAUAAGUUAAUUUCGCGGUUCCGAGGAAGUUGGUCCGAUGGAGGAUUGUACGAAACGCAGGUGUACGCCUACAUGAAAACGUUCCGCUUUACGGGAUCACCGGCGCUGUACAUUGAGUGUGACGUUCGGAUGUGUCAUGGACGGUGUCCGAGUCAACCGUGUCACUGGAGAAACUUGAAGGGAAUCACCAAACGAGAAACGCAACCGAACCAGGAAAAGAACUCCACCCUGUCCGACAACAUCAGCCUAUUUCAGGCUCUCCGCGUUCUGCAGGAAGAGGACGAUGACGACGACAAAGCAAAAGCCGAAACGGCAACUUCCGCUAAACCACAAGACUUAUCGGAAACCUGCGUGAAAACUUCGGUCCUUUCGGCGGUCAUCGCCACGUGCUGCGUAGUCCUGUGCGUCCUGUCCGGAUCGUUGUUGGCGGCUUGCGCAAAAUUGCGAUACCGGAAGAAGGACGACGGUUUCUUCAAUGCUUACGUAGGUCACAAAGCUCAGCUGGAUUGAUGAUUUUGAGUGGUUUUGCGUUUUGGCUUAUUUGCAACUAUACACGUACAACUAAUUGCUGGUGGAAACGGUUAUUGGCAAGAGGGUGGGGUUGGUGUGCUUGAUAAAUUCCUUCUUCCAUGUUUUAUGAACUAAACUCUGCCCAUUAUUAUCGUCUUCGUCACAGUUUCAACCGAGAUCUUCUUAGAAUUUUGAACACAUCAACUACUUAAUGCUUCAAUGGCUGUAUCCAAUCGGAACGGAGCUGGAUUUAUGCAUUGUGGAUAACAGAAAACGAUAGCUGCUACCUUAAGACAGGUUCCACAACGAUAAUAAUUGAUUUGAACAAAUCAAUAGGAGGAGAAUGUUUCCCUAGGCUAUAGAACUAUAAUUGAAGAGCACAAAAUCUAAUAUAAGCUAGCUUUAAAGAAAUAGAACAUAAUUCAGCUACACGUAGGAAAACAAAAAAGGCUGCCCAAAUCGAGCGAUUCUGCAUUUUCCAAAUAGUUAAAGAAGAGUGAAUCGCUUGGACUAUUGGGAUACAGUCUUGAACAAAUGGUCUGAUUUGAAUAUAAUAUUAUUCAAAGAUAUUUUUUUCUCUUAGCCUAGAUUAGAACAAAUAUCACUUAGAGCGAGUGAUGUAGAGAAGUGGCAAAGAAAGAGCCAGGUUCAGUUUCGCAAAACUGCUGAGUUGAAAAUUGAUAUAAUGAAAUAACUUGAUAAGAAACUAGGUAUAAGCAAAUGAUAUUAAUAACAACAAAAGUAUUCCGAAUCUUUCGAAGAAAAACAAAUAUUAUCAAAAAAAAAAACAAAUAGAUAAUUUAGUGUUUCUCUAGCUUAUUGAUUCAAUACAAUGAAGAUUUCUUGGCUUCAGUGGCACUUUUUCAGCAAAAACCAAAUGCGAUUCAAAUGAAACAUCUAGGUAAAGAAAAAAAUUGAAUUAGAAUUAUUUCGAUUUUGCUUUCAAAUUUUAAAAUUUAAUCCGGAAUUUUGAUUUUAAAUCAGAAUUUUGACUUAAAAUUUUUAUUUUUAUUCCUGAUUUUAAAAUUGACGUAACUUUGUAGUUUUCGAUUCUGAACUCGAAAUUAUGCUAACGAAUUCUCAACUUCAAUUUCGAUUACCAACUUUCAUUUGAAAUGAUAAAUAUUUCUGAGAAAUUUGGAUUGUGAAAUUCGAGCAUCAACUUCGAUUUAAAAAAAAAACACCCAUGGCCGUUGAAAAAACGAAUAACUUUUUAUCUAAACCUACAUAAGUUGAAAGCAAAAGAAAUGUAAAUAGUAAACUUACAAUAAAUACUAAAUUCGAGAAGUAAAAUGUUUCGGCUUCCAUAUCGAUAAAGUUUCAGAUCACGAAACCGUUUGGUUUCGAAGCUCGUCCGAAGUGAUAGUUAAAAAAAACUAAAUUCAAUCACAACAUAUAUUUUACGACUAGAAAAAUUAAGACAUAAUUUUACAUGUGUACAUAAAAAAACAGAAAAUAAAUUCUCCAAACAGCUGUAACCAUUUAAA